AUGGCUGAGGCCCCUGCUGGCCCGGACAGAGGAGGCCACCUUGAACAGAAGAUCCUGCAGGUGCUGAGGGAUGCAGGUUCCCCUGUGAAGACCAGUUGGCUGGUGACGGAAUGCCAAGUGCCCAAGAAGGAGCUCAACCAAGUCCUCUACCGAAUGAAGAAAGAGUUGAAAAUCUCCCUCGCAGCCCCUGCCACGUGGUGCUUUGGUGGGGGUGGUUCUGAAGGCGAGGUUUCUGCAGGUCUGGCCCAGCCCAGCCAAGCUGUGAGUCCCCAGCCAGACGCAGCUGCGAUUGCAGAGAACCCCGGCUCUCAGCUCAGCAAGCGGCGGGAGGAAGAGAUCUACAGGUUUCUGGAAGAUAAUGGGUCUCAGAGGGCCCUGAUCAUCGCUCAGGCCCUGGGCAUGAGGACAGCAAAAGAUAUCAACCCAGACUUGUACAAGAUGAAGGACAAGCACCUUCUGGACUUUGACAAGAAGUCAAAAGCAUGGACGAUUUAUCGACCAGUUGAAGCAGGAAACAUGACUGAGGAGGAGGCAGGACUGGCUCUGCCACAGACUCUCUGUGUGGCCUUGGACAAAUGA